AUGGCUCCUCAGAAUCAUUUCAUUGCAUUUUUAACAAUCUUCUUGUCCGUCUAUCUCCUUUCUCCCUCACCAUCAAUGGUAGCAGCUUCUCCAGCAUUAGCGAAAAAGGUAUGCAACGGCGACUCAAUCUUGAACCGAGAUUUCUGCUUGAAAACUCUUUCCAAUCCCCAAGCUGCAGCUGCAAAGAACCUGAACCAGCUUACAGAUGUUGUCAUGAAAUUGGCAGCAUCAAAUGCUCAAACUACGCUCAAUGUGAUCACCGGAAUGACUAAGAAGCCAUCUUCACCAGGAUGCCUGAAAGCUCUCAAAACUUGCGAGGAUGUCUAUAGAUAUGCCAUUAGAUCAUUUGGAAUGAUAUCUGCGGAGCUGAGUGAAGAUGCUAUGAGCGCAAACUAUGAUGUUAGCGUUAUUGGCCCUGAAGCUGAUAGAUGUAUCAAGGCAUUGGCUGCAGCCCAGGUUCAAGCCCCCCAAGUUUCCGAUGGAAAUAAAUUUUUGCAGUAUUAUUCUUCUAUGGGAUCUCAAAUAACAUCUUUUGUGAACUAA